GUCAGCAUGUUUGCCCACACCGAGCUUCGCAGGCUAGAGACUCCAGUCCAGCUCAGUCAGGGGGGCACAGGCCGCUGUGAUUGCACAAAGGUGGACCAGAACCACAUCGCCCAGCAUGUGUCUCUACACCUGCAUGUUUGUCCAGCGGUUACUGGGAGAUUUGUGGCAGUGAUUCUAGCACACACACAAAAGCAAUCUUACAAGCUGUCAUUUCAUAGUUUUGUGUCGAGGAAUUGUUGUGGAUUUACUGAGUUGCACCAGCUGACUUUGGAUCGAAACUCACCGGUCUGGGAUUUCUGAAUUUGUCAGCGUAAAGGACGGCUACGGGACAUGCAGCCCGGCGUUCAGGUGCGUAUGCCCACGGCCGCACUGGGCCUGCUGUGCCGAGGCUGUCUCAGCAGGGCGCAGAACCGGCCCGGUCGCAGCUUCAGUUCUUGGCCCAGAAAGAUGAGUAGGUGGAACAGCGAGGAGCCAUGCAGCGCUGAUCCUCCUCAGGAAAACCCGCGUGUGCUCAUCACAGGUGGUUUGGGGCAGUUGGGUGUGGGGCUUGCUCAGAUGCUGAGGAACCAGUAUGGGCCAGAGAGUGUGAUCUUGUCAGACAUCAAGAAGCCCCCACCACACGUUUAUGCUAACGGCCCGUUUGUCUAUGCCGAUGUGCUGGACUACAGACACCUCAGAGAACUGAUCGUAAAUAACCGCAUUACCUGGCUGGUCCACUACAGCGCCCUGCUCAGUGCCGUGGGCGAGGCUAACGUGGCUUUAGCACGAAAGAUUAACAUCACGGGUUUGCACAAUGUCCUGGACCUGGCCCUGGAGAACUGCCUUCGCCUCUUCGUCCCCAGCACCAUUGGAGCGUUUGGUCCUUCCUCUCCACGCGACCCCGCCCCCGACCUCUGUGUCCAGCGUCCAAGAACCAUCUAUGGUGUCUCGAAAGUGCAUGGUGAACUGAUGGGGGAGUAUCUCCAUCAUAAAUAUGGCUUGGACUUCCGCUGCCUGCGAUACCCCGGUGUAAUAUCAGUCAACACGCCUCCUGGUGGAGGAACAACAGACUAUGCUGUUCAGAUCUUCCACGAUGCUCUCAGCACCGGUCAACAUGAGUGUUACCUGCGACCUGACACCCGUCUUCCGAUGAUGCAUAUCUCUGACUGCCACCGCGCCACGGUAGAGUUUAUGCAAACUCCAGAGUGCCAGCUGUCGCUGCGCACAUACAACAUAGCUGCCAUGAGCUUCACCCCAGAGGAGCUGGCCCAAGAAAUUCGCAAGCAUCUCCCGCACCUUAAGGUCAACUACAAUCCAGACUCUGUCCGGCAGACAAUUGCAGACAGCUGGCCGGUGAGAUUCGAUGACUCCAACGCCAGGAGGGACUGGGGCUGGGCACCCACCUUCGGGCUGGAGGAGCUGGUGACAGACAUGCUGCUCUCCGUUAGAGACAAGCGGACCAGGGAGGGAUUUCCAGUCAGCUAGCAGUACCUUCUCAGCCCCCGAGAGGCAGAUGCCAUGCCUCUGGGUUUCUUCAGCCCGCGUUUACCAGCAACUUUCUUUUACUUCACUUUGACAAAGCACCAACGGGCAUUCUGUGUUUUACCAGGAACUCUUAGUCAGAGCCUUUUAAUUCACAGUAGAAAGUGAAAUGUCUCACUCUACUUCAGGGAAUCAUACACUGUUGUACAAGCUUUUUUUUUUCCACAUUUGUUCUGUGUCAUGUAAUAAGCAUCACUUUACACAUGAGCAAGUUGCCACGGAAAGCUGAAAAAACACAAAGGAGAUCUGUAAAUGUCACGUUUCCUGCACGCAUCAACACAACUGUCUGUUACAGUGUAUCUCACAAUGGACCUCAUCUUAUACUCUGGACUGUAUUUACACUAUUGUUCAUUCUGGCUGUCUUUUAAAGCACUCUUUUAUGACAUGCAAAAUAAAAUUACUAGACAUUUGAUGUAGAAUUGAUGAUGGGAGGUCAUUAUUUAUUUCUUUAUUUUGCCAGCAUUCUGUUUGAAUGACUCUUAUCAAACAUUAUUUACUUUGGAAAAACAUUGUAGGAAAUGUGGUGUACACUGAACCACAACGCAAAUAAUAAAUAUGUUUUUCAGCCAAA